CAUUUCAAAGAAUGGCCACAGCCGUACUAGGACGUUGUGUACUAGGGCAGUUGAAUAAACUGCGAGCAUACAGAACUGUUGCUAAUGUAACAAGUUUACAAUGUAGAAAUAUCAGUUUUUCACAACGUCUUUUAGGGGUGAAGUACUUCACAGAGAAACAUGAAUGGGUUGAAGUUGAUGGAGAUGUAGGAACCAUUGGAAUCUCUGAAUUUGCCCAGGAUCAGCUGGGUGAAGUUGUAUAUGUACAGCUGCCUGAAGUGGACACAGAAUUAGAAUUGGGACAGGAGGCGGGCGUCCUGGAGAGUGUUAAGGCAGCCAGUGAGGUGUACAGCCCUAUCUCAGGAGUCGUCAAAGAGGCCAACACUGCUUUAGAGGACAACCCUAAACUUGUCAACGAGUCCUGUUAUGAAAAAGGUUGGCUGUACAGGAUGACUGUCAGGGAACCAUCAGAGUUAGAGACCCUGAUGAAGGAAGAGGACUACCUUAAAUUCAUCAAGGAGUAAAUCCUUAAUCUAUCCAAACACUUUGCAAAUGGAAAUUUUAUUGAGGAAAUGAGUUGACGUGAUUCUAAAUUUGUAUGUGUGUGUUUCUCUAUGUACAUUUCACAGAAUUUUUUAAAAGGCAGUAUUAAUUGUUGGAAGUAAGUCCUACACUAGAUGAUUUUCUAAUCUUUAUAAUGUUAUAACAUUGUUUUCCUUGAACUCAUAAUAAAUCUUUUAAAAACAUCAAAAUACAUGUACAUGUAUAUCAUUGAGGUUUCUUUUAAUGUUUGCUAUGGAUCUCAGUAUUUUUUACAUUAUUUCAUUUAUAUUAAAGAAUAUAUCUUGCUAUUCUCUCCACAUAAAUUAAAACAUAUUUAAUUAUAUAGGCCUACCUUGGAUUUUGAAUACCAAUUUUGUUGCCAAUCUGUAUGAACUUUGUGAAUCUCAAAUUGAAAUGCUGUUUUUGAAUGCAUUUUAUGCAAUUAUUUGUAAAGAAUGAAAAGAAGCAGUGUUUCUUCUCAAUUUUAGGAGGUACAAUAUAAAGAUGAAAUGAAUGAUGGAAUGAUCUUGUUGUUUUAAGUUUAACUGAAUUAGAGUAGUACCUUUUCCAAAUAAAAGGGCAUUAUUUUCUGCACAGCAGAGGUGAUAGCAAAAUAAAAUCCAUUGACUAGAUUAGACAUAUUGUUAUAUGCUUCAGGGAAGUUCAGGCAUAAGUUUAUGGUACAUACAUAUAUAGAAAAUUUCAAUUCAAACUUAAGACCAAGCACUUUAAACACUUUUUAUUUUGAGUAUAUAUAUAUUUAAGUGAAACAACUAUCUGUGAAUGACUGAAUGAAUAUGUGAUCUUAAGAAGCUGAAUACAUACCAGAUAGUAAAUGCACCAGGAUUUUAUUUUCCUUCUGGAUUCUGGUUGUCAGGAUACAUUUACAAUAGUACAAUCUUAUUACAAUAAGAUGAACAGUGAUGAGGGGUUGAGUACCUUAUUUCACAAGUGCAUUCCAUACUGCAGCAAAGUAACGCAAAAUACAGUCACAGACUACAAAUAUCUGAUAAACACUAAACAGUUAUACACAAUGACACGGAUCUCCCCCCUACCUCUCUAUAUUUUUGAAUAGUUUGCAGAAGACUGUGAAUGUUUGUAAUGUAAAGAUCAGUAUUAUGUUUUACACCAUCAAAAGUCUUGGUUGUAAUGAUAAAAGAACAGUAUUAGAAAUUCAAACAAGAUCCAAGUGCUGAAGUAAUAUUCCCUCAAAUAUACUGUCUUCAAAGUGUCUUUGUUUCGGUAUGUGUGCAUUUACUUAUGUUUGUUUAAUAUAGAUUACAAUAAAGAGAUAACUCAA